UUCACCGUGCCUGCUGUAAGUUUGGAACGUUGCCUAGCAACGCAAGGAUGGCUGAAGAACAGAGCCCAGAGGAGCAAUUGCCACCUCACAAUUCCUUGCAACUUUCCAUCCCACUGUCUGAGGCUGGAGAGGGCGAAGAGGACAUGGAGGAUGAACUGGUGGUGCUUGACCCUGACCAUCCGCUGAUGAAAAGGUUCCAGUCUGCCCUGAAGAGCCAUCUGGAAAAACAGCUGGAGAGACUGGACCUGGAACUGCGUGAGAAUCGGGCUGCGGAGCGAGCAGAGUGUGCUGCGCGAGAGGAUCUGGGCGUGGAGGUGUACUCAGUGCAGCACGAGCUGGCCAGGCUGCAGGCCAACCUGGAGAGCCAGCAUGACACCAACACCCAGGUGGCCACCCAGCGAGCGCAGGUCCAGGAACAGCUGGAGGGAGUACGGUCCCAGUACAAAACCACCAUCAACCAGGCCAGCCAGCAGAGGGCAUGUGUGUCCCAGCUGCAGACUGAGGUAGACAACCUUGCGCUGCGUCUCUUCUACAUGCAGGGAGCGAAUAGGGACCUGCGGUCUGACAUUGCGGCUGUGAAGAACGCCUCACGCAAGGCUCAGCUUGAGAAGGCCCAGGCGGCACAGCAGAAAAACGUGCAGGACCUGUACGUGGAGCGUCUGACUCAGCAGGUGGAGAGGCUGACAGAGCAGAUUGGGCUCUACAACAUCCAUACAGCACAGCAAUCCGCAGAGACCCAGGUGGCCAAAGAGGCACUCGCCGAGGCUCAGAUGGAGAUGGACUCCCUGUUAGUAGAACAGAAGCAGCUGCUGCAGCAAUGGAACAGCAGUCUGCUUGGCAUGAGGCACCGUGACGAGGCCUUCACCGCCAUGCAGGAAGCACUGCGGAUGGUGCGAAACCAGGUGCGGUUGCUGGACACAGAGAUCGGCGGCUUCAAGAAGUCCAUCACCCAGGAGGAGGAGCACAACGAGAGGCUAACUGUGCUGCUGAAUCGCUCCCAGCUGGACUGUGCCACUUCACGCAAGCUGAUCACGCACAGCCAGACCCAGCAGGAGGCGCUGCAGGCCCAAUACAGCACAUACAUGCGCGUGCUGCAGGAGACAGAGCAGACGCUGGCCAGAUUGACAGGGGACUGCGCCGUGCGUCAGAGCGAGGUCGUCGCGCUCAGGAAGCAGCUCGAGAUGGAGGCCGCCGUUCGCCUGGAGCUGGAGGACAAAAUCAUGACAAAGAUGCAGGAGCACCUCACGCACAACCAGGCGGCCAAGUACUCCCGCGGACUGAUCGAGAAGAUAGUCGCCCACAAGACAGACAGGGAUCUCCUGCUGUCGCAGCUGGAGAACGAGACGGCUCAGGUGACGCUGGAGAGCACCGAGGUGGCACUGCACCUCGAGUCUCUGGCUCGCGUUCUGAAGGGGCUGGAACAGGAAAUGGAACGACAGCAUGAGCUGCUGUCACGCAGCGAGGCCAAGUUCAGCAAACAAGUCACUGUCAUGGAGCGCAAGCAGGCCACCAUCACGAUCUACAACAAGAAAAUUGAAGAGAUCAAUGCAAGCACUGGGCACAAGGACCUGGGAAUCCUGGAAAUCAGUCUAAACAAGCUCACCAAGGAGCUGGAGGAAUUGGGGACAGAGACGGAGGAACAGCAGCAAUUCUGGCUGAGGCAGCAGGAGGAGUUGGUGAGGCUGAACAGGGAGCGGCAGGCCCAGAGCGCCGCCCUGCUCACCCUGCAAACACAGCUCACCAUUCUGCAGCAGAAGAAACUGCGCACAGAGGGUGAAAUCCAUCAGGAGCGUCAGGAGCUGGCAGAGGUGGAUCGGCACAUGAAUGGCCUGAUGCUGGACAUGGUGAAGCUCAACACCCUGCUCUGUAAGAACAGCAAGGAGCGUGAAGCUCUGGAGCAAGGCAACAGCUUAAUGGAGAAUGACUUCCUGAGCAGACUCAAGGAGGCUGAAAGGGAAUCCAUACAGAUGCAAAUGAAGCUUGAGAGUAUACAGGAAGAGAAGGAGAGGCUCCUCAACCUUCUGGUGGAGACAGAGCGGCAGGUCAUGCUGUGGGAAAAGAAGACUCAGCUGGCAAAGGAGUCCCAGUUGGCUGUGAACUCAGAGAUUGGCCAGGGAGACAUCCGUAGCAUGAAGGCUGAGAUUCACCGCAUGGAGGUGCGGUAUGCACAGCUGAUGAAGCAGCAGGGGCGUCUGCUGAAUGAGAUGGAGGCGGUAGUGGCCCGGCGGGAGAGCAUCGAAAUCCAGAGCAGAGCCCAGGGCCGAGCUGAGAGGAAGCACCCCACGCACACAGACUUCCAUGGCAUCCUGCAGGGCCUUCGCAGAAAGAUCCAGGACACGCAGAAGCAAAUAAAGGAGUGUGACAGCGUGAUUGAGGAACUGCAGGAGACCCAGGAAAGACUGAGUACCAGCCUGAGGGAGAAGCAGCAGCAGCUGAACGAGCAGCACAGUGCCAGCGCAGUGCUGACUGCAGAUCUGCGCAGUUUACAAGACUCCAAGGAGAGGAAUCUUGCCCGGCUGAUCGCCCUGCAGGCCAGGGCCAAGCAGCUGCAGGCGGUGCGGGAGGGGCGUUACAGCCCCUCGCCUGGGGGCGCGGUGGAACUGGAGCCCGCCAAGCAGAGGCUGGAGGAGAGGCUGCACGCUGUCAGCACCAUCCUGCACCGCGUGUGCCAGGAGUCGCCCCAGCACGAGGGGGCGCUGCGCCGCCUCUCCCUGGCCCUUGCCAGCCGCCUGGACGACCACCAGGCGACUACAUAAGGUUCCCUGCCAGAGAGAAGUGGGGGGGUCGGGUAGCACAGCUGUACAUCAUCAAAGCAAAGACCCAGUGGAACAUUAAAAUUAUCUUGUCUCGUGCUGUAUUUGUAUACUCACCCCAAAGGACUUCACAUAUUUCACAGUGUUGUGAUUUG